AUGCACUCAUUCGCAGCAUUCACCAGGACCUGGCGAGUCCAGUCAACAAGGACCGUCUACAGGCACGCACUCGGAACUCGAUUCUCUUCCACGGUCGCCAGCCAUGUCAAUAGGAAUCCAGUUCUGGAAUUGCAGCAGCGGGGAUUGGUCGCCGCCAUGACCAGCCCUGAUCUUGUGAGCCAUGUGGACGCGGGACCAACAGCUAUCUAUUGUGGAGUCGACCCUACAGCCAGCAGUCUGCACCUCGGAAAUCUAGUCACCCUCCUCGGUCUGCUUCACUUCCACAUCAAGGGCCACACCACCAUUGGGCUGGUAGGAGGCGCAACCGGAACGAUCGGCGACCCUUCAGGAAAGAGCGCCGAGAGGCAACCUAUGUCUGCUACCACAUUAGCCAGGAACGUCGCUGGCAUCGACGCUCAGUUUCAACGGUUCUUUAAGCGUGGACGUACUUAUGCGGAAAAUCGAGGAUACGCUGUUCAGGGCGGCGGAGGACAUGUCAAGGUCGUUAACAACAAGACUUGGUUUGGCAAGUUGUCGGCAUUAGAAUUUUUGGGAGACGUUGGGCGUUAUGCUAGAGUCGGUACCAUGAUUGCCAGGGACAGUGUCAAGUCAAGGUUGGAGAGUCCACAAGGAAUCAGCUUCACGGAGUUCUCGUAUCAGUUGCUUCAGGCGUAUGAUUUCUGGCACUUGUUCCACGAAGAUGGCUGUCGGAUCCAGUUGGGAGGAAGUGAUCAAUGGGGAAACAUCACUGCAGGAAUUGACCUGAUUCACAAGAAGAAAAAGACGACGGAGGAGCAAGUCAUUAUUGACAACAGCGACGACUCUUCGAGCGAAAAGGCCAUGAACGCCUAUGGACUCACGAUCCCGCUGCUGACCACGGCUACGGGAGAGAAGUUUGGAAAGAGUGCUGGAAAUGCGGUUUGGUUGGACGAGACCAUGACCAGCUUGUUUGAUUUCUAUCAGUUCUUUGUGAAGACGGCGGAUGCUGAUGUUGGACGAUACCUUCAUUACUUUACGUUGUUGAAUGCGGACCAAAUUAAUACGGUGAUGGAGCAACAUAAUGCUGAGCCGGAAAAGCGUAUUGCACAACAUACCCUUGCCAAGGAAACCACAGAGCUGGUCCACGGUGCUGAGGCUGUGCCAAAGGCGCUUCUGGCGACUCAGGUACUGUUCGGAUCAUCGCUGGACAGGGUUAAGGGUCAGGAACUGAUCGAUGCAUUUGAACACGAUUCGAGAAUGGUUUCAUUGGCGAAGCCUCAAGUUGGAGAGAUGAGUGUCGAUCGCAUCGCACUCGAGUGUGGGCUCUGUUCAUCAAAAUCUGAAGCAAAGAAACUGGUGAAAUCGGGCGGGUUCUAUAUUAACAAUAUCAAGGUGACAGACCCCGCGUACCGCAUCGCAGACAAGGAUUGGAUCGAUGGCGCCGUGUGUGUGCUUCGAUCUGGGAAGUCGAAUUACAAACUUGUCAAGGCGGCGUAA